AUGCUUUUUGAGUUUGACUGUGAGCUCAAGAAGCCUCCCUACGAGAACCUUUCGGACCUGUGUACGAUUCUCGUCAUUGCGGAGGAGGGAACCGACUUUCCUGUGCAGCGUGUGUUCGCCGCCAUCAACGCGGCGCUGCAGAAGGCGGGGGAGGACGGCAACGUUGUGGUUUUGGCAGCCCGGGCACUGGCCCUCAUUCUCGACAAGUUCUCCCGAAAGCUCCCAGCGUCGGUUCUGGCGGGAACCACAAGUGUGGUGGAGACCUGUUUUAAGAAGCUCUUUUCAUUUGUAAAGCAGUGCCCUGUAAGGCUGCAGUACACAAAGACGACCGAAAAGGAGCUGAAGGAGGAGUUGUUGGCUUGCCUUUCGCUGGCUGGUAAUUGCGAGGCAGUGGCCAGAGUUGCGCCCACCACGGAGGAGCACCUGAAAUUCUGUUUUAGCAGUCUGGACGGCUCCAAGUGGAUGGCGUGUAAAGUCUUACACCACUGCAUUGGUAUGAUGCGGCGUGGCGUGGUGCAAAAUGCGGGAGAUCAUGAAUUGCUGGUGCAGCUGCUGCAGCACCACUUGGGCUUCCUCUCCCAGCUUCCCAUUGACCACGAGUGGGAGGAGCUCCUCCGCACAGUUGUGGAGGGAAUAAUUACGUACCGAGCGUGGUGUGUGCCACAGUUGCCUUUGCGCAGAAAGCGAGCUCGAGGCGCUGAGGAAAACAACAGCAAAACGGCGAGGAAGGCUGAUAGUGCGUUUGAGGAGGCCUCACUGAAAAACGCUACAGAAGCCCUACUUGCGAUUGGGGAACGCGUCUGCUCCAGUGGAGUGUCUCCGUCGAUUGUUGAACUCACACUGGCCUGUGUCGCAAGUGUGGUGGAGGUCUCGUCGCCGGCUUCAGAGGUGAAUGCGAAGGCAAUUGGUUGGGUGACGAGGCUGCUGCAGCAGACUGCCGUCCCUAGUGCGGGGUAUUCCAGCCCAUUUGACGCCGACCCGCACUCCGCGGCCUCUGGAGACCGGCUGUGGACGGACGUCUCUCAGUCGUUGCCGAGCCUGCAGUGGGUUGUCCCACCGCUGGCUUGGAGUGCGCUGGUCCUCUUGUCAAAGCUUUGCGGUGCCGCCUUCGGGAUUCGCGGCGAACACAUGUGGGCGUUUCGCUCCGUCGAUGGCGAGUACUUUCCAUACCGGCGCGACGAUCGAGAGCAGCUGACGGCCAUGUUUUUUGCAGCUGGAGAAAGCGAUAGUGCCCCUGAGAGGCGUCGUAGGUUUGAUCUGCGCGCCAUGACGGAUAACCGGUCAUUCCCCUCGGCGCUGAGGCGGAUGCAUUUCCAGCCCGUGCCCAGCGCGUUUGUGUAUGACGAGAAGCUCUCCGUCCCACCGGCGUCUAUUCACAUAAAGAGCGAAGUCGCUGCCCUGAUUCAAGAUGCCCUGCUUCCUUUCACCUUUGGCCACUCCAAGACGGCCUCCCUGGCGCGUGCCAUACGAUUGUACGUCAUCUGCGGCGGGGCGCCUACCACCUCGGAGGACGUCGUCGUCGUUUUUCGAAGCCUCUCGGCCGAGCAGAGGCCGCGCGUGGUGGAGACGAUCUCCGCCGCGCUGCUGCAGCGCGACAAGGAAUGGGCGCCGGUUCUCCUGGAGGCCGGUGUCGCCGACGCACUCACGGCGCUUCCGACGUCUACGGCGGCGAAGACGACAAAGAAGGUCGCAGUUAACGCGUCGCCGACGCAGCACCGUCUCCCCGUCGCCGAGCUCAUCCGCUCCGCCGGAAGUUCACCGAAGGCGGCCCCGAUGCAACUACCGCCCUUGACAGAGCUCCCCGCGUUUUUGUCGCACGCGUCGCCGUCCGAGCUACUCGCGUUUGUUGAAGCCUUGGAUACUUCCUCCCUGCCGAGGCAGGAGUUAAAAAAGCUUUGUGCGGAACUUGCCGCAAACGACCCUCGCCAUGGCUUUUGGCUGCGGGACGCCGCCUACCACUACAUACUCCGUGCUCUGCAUACAACUGGUGUGUCCAAGCGACAACAGAAGGAUUUGCGCGACGCCUUGUUUUACAAGUGCUAUAGCGUUGGCAUCUGUGCCCCGGCGCAGGGUGAGAAGAGUCAGCUUUUUUGCCCCAAUGGCCACCCGCUUCGCGUGCACUUUAGUGUGGAUUGGACCUGCAACAAGUGCGGAAAAACGAAUGUGUUUGGUUCCCUUGCUUGUCGGGACUGCGAUUAUGACUUAUGCAUAGGCUGCACUAACAAGAAAAUUUCACGGGUAGACGCUAAUGUUUCCGCCAACGUAGGUGACAUUGUCCGCUAUUGGCGUGAGUGCCAGGCGAAGGGGGGCUCUGGCGAGGCUUCAUUACAGAAAAAAUUACAGCAUUCUCUUCUUUUUAUUUCUAAGGGAGUUCUUCCCGCCACCACUCCUGCCUCCAGGCUAAAGGAGGAGGAGGUGCACUUUGCCGAGGUGGGCAAUCCGUGCAAAUGCAACCUCACGGCUCCUUUGCUUGUUGCCAGUCCCGUGGAGCAUGCGGCUUAUGAGUCACCGUUGCAGGUCCUUCUGGGCGCCGUCGGUGCCCCGCCGCAGUGGGGCGAUGUGGAGUCUGCCAUUGUGGACGUCUUGGAGGCAUUUGGGGGGGACAUUUUUGAAAAAGGGCUUGCGGGCAUCCCGACGCGGGUGGCUCAGCUGCUUGAGGUGGCGUCCCCGUACCUUUCAAUUCCGUUUAAGCGUGACACGGCCCAUUUUCUCGCAGUUGGGUGCCGAAGAUUUGCGCUCUUCCAUUUGCAAGGUUUAGGUGCGCCGGUGCGGGGGAGCGUCAGCGGGGAAAUUGCCAGCAACGGGCUGCCAACGAAGUUCACAGUAAAUCGGGAAACAAACGCCAUGACGCAGGCGCUCUUCGACGCCUUUCUUCAGUACCCCUCCAUACGAAACAAGGUUGAGUUCAAGUUUCAGGGUGAGGAGGGCACUGGCGAGGGACCGACGCAGGAGUUGUACGCUGAGCUCUCGCAACGCUAUCGUGACAUGGCGGCGCUUUGGCAUGAGAGGGAUGAUGGAAGACGCGAGGCCUUUCCAACCCUUCGACAGGUGCAUGCCGAAGAGUUUUUCGUUCUCGGUGCCGCUUGUGCACGUGCAUUUGUAGACGACUACGUAAUUAAUGUGGACCUUCUCCCGCUGGCGUGGCCCUUUAUCCGUUCGGAGUCCGUCUCCUUAGAAGCCAAGUGGGCUCUUCUCGCAGAGUUGGAGCCGAGCCUGGUGAACGCGUAUGAUUGCACGCUGCGGGCGACCGACGCUGAGUUGUCGGAGAUGGGGCUGGAGGACGAGAGCGGCGUGGUCUUGACGGCCGCUACCGCGCAGGCGUACGUGGAGCGACGCGUGGAGGGGCAUCUGGUGCACGCAGCCUCAAAUCUUCGCUGGUUUGCCCUUGGGAUUUCCACCGUCUUCGACCUGCGUGCUCUUUGGUUUGUGUCGGACGACGACAUGAGUGUCAUCCUCUCCGGGGCCUCGCGGGAGGGGGCGGAGGGGCGCCUCUUCGGGGAGGAGGCGCUGCGCGCGGCGAUUGUGGAGGCCCACGGCUACUCCGUGGGGUCGCGGGAGGUCGCCAUGAUGGUUUCGCUUGUCGGCGGCGAGUUCACACGGGAGGAGCAGCAGUUUUUCCUCGAGUUUCUCACGGGCAGCCCGCGGCUCCCGCUGAACGGGCUCGCGGGGCUGGGGCGGAAGAUCACGGUGGUGCGCAAGGAGCUGGAGGGCCCGCGCGAGCAGACGCUGCCCUCGUGCAACACCUGCUUCCUGUACUUUAAGCUGCCGCCGUACACGUCGCGGGCGAUCAUGAAGGCGCGUCUCCUCACGGCGAUUACGGAGGGCCGGAAGAAUUUCAGUUUGUCGUGA